UAUUUAAUAUACAAUAUGUUUUAAAUACAUGAAACAUAUAGUGAAGAUGAGGGUACUAGUAUAGCGUGUACACCGGCUGCAGGGGUGCUUCCUGCACAUCUGUCGAGUUGAGCUCAAAGCGCCGCCGCCGCCGCUGCUGCUGCUGUAUUUCCUGCUUGUGUUGAAUCAUGUGCUCCUGCAGCAGCAGCAAUAUGGCGGGACUGAGACGAGCUGACAUGCAGACAUAUGGCAGAAGCUCCCGCUUGAUCAGUGCUGUGCUCCUGACGCUCGCGGCUGGACUGAUCGCUCAGACGGACGCUAGUGAUGUGCUGACGGUGACCGACGCCAACUGGACGCUCAUCCUGCAGGGCGAGUGGAUGAUCAAAUUUUAUGCUCCAUGGUGUCCGGCCUGCCAGCAUUUACAAACAGACUGGGAGAGUCUUGGAAGACAAAGUGAAAGUCUGGGUAUAUCAGUGGGCAGAGUCGACGUUACACAACAACCAGGUCUGAGUGGGAGGUUUCUGGUUACAACAUUGCCGACUAUAUUUCACGCUAAAGAUGGAAAUUUCCGCAAAUACGUUUCAUCACGUACCAUUGAGGAGAUCCAGGCGUAUGUUGAGCAGAAAAAGUGGGCGAUGGUUGAGCCGGUGCCAGGAUGGAAGUCGCCAUCCUCUCUUCUAAUGUCAGGAAUGGCUAAUCUGUUUCGCCUCUCAGUGUGGAUUCGACAAAUCCACACGUACCUGACGAAUACGCUCGGUAUCCCUUCCUGGGGCUCUUAUGUGAUUUUUGCCAUCAUUACGCUCUUUAUGGGACUGAUACUCGGCCUGAUGCUGGUUUUGAUCGCUGACUGCAUUUGGCCGUCCAGACCCAAGCACAGAGAAGACAAAACAGUUGUGAUCGUGAAAGAGGAAGUGUCAGAGGAAGAGGUGGAGGACAUCCUGAUGGAGGAGAAACACACAUCUGACCUGGACAACGAGAGCGAACGAGUGUCUGGAGACGAGUCGACCGAAGAGGAAGGAGCGAUGAGCGACGGAGCGGCCACUGGCAGCGAUCAGUCUCCGUCAGAGGGGGCAGCAGAGAGUUCAGUGAGGAAACGCAAACCACAGGCGCAGAACACUACUGAGGGAACAUAAGGGAACUGCAGUCACCACCAAAAACAAGGAGGAAACUGCCAUAUCUGUAGGAUAUGCAAAGCAGCGCCGGCUAUCGGCUGAUUUCUGCAUCAUGCAGACCCUGGUUUGCCCAUUCAACGCUUUCCUCACAUUUUACCUGCUUCUCGCUGUGGUUCAAUUCAGUUUAUUUUUAUUUUUUAUUUUUUUUUUUUUUUUUUUUAAAAAAGAGUAGUUGCUUAAAUUUAUUGCUGAAAGUUUGAUGCCAAACAUUGAUAGACCUCCUUUAACAUAUAAUUUAAUAUUUUCUAUAAAUGCCAAAAAUAUGAAUGUGCAUCAUUUUAGAAUCAUUUUAAUGCUGAAGUUAUGAAAAAAAAAAAAAAAGUUUACAAUGUAUUAGGAGGAGACUCUCUCUCAAAAAAAAAGGAAAAAUAAAACUGGCUUAUUUCACCUCAAAAAAAAAAAUGAAAAAAAGCAGCCUGUUAAUAAAUAAUUAACGUUACAUUGUUCAUGCUGAUUAAGCACAUACAGUAUCACACGAUCCCUCAGAAAUCAUUGUAAUGAAGGAUCAUGUGACACUGAAGACUGGAGUAAUGAUGCUGAAAAUUCAGCUUUGCGUCAAUGGAAUAAAUUACGUUUUAAAUCAGUAUUUUAAAUUAUAAUAUUUCACAAUAUUACUAUUUUUAAUCAAAUAAAUGCAGCCUUGGUGACUUUUUUUGAAAACAUUAAAAUAUCUUUAUUCCAAACUUUACACAGUGAUGGAAGUAAUGUAUUUAAAUAUUAAAAUAUUUAUGUAUUAUGGUAUUAUUUGUUGUACUGCCUCAAUGCUGAUUUGAAUCAUUUUUAAAAUAAAUUGUACGACUAAUUUUUCUUUUUGACUUGUCUAUAUCUUUGCUGCAGUAUCCUGUAAUGUAGUACAAAAAUAGUGUUACAGUAAUGAAAACAACUGAAAAUUACAGAACUUAAAAAAAAAAACAUACUGAUGCAUUACAGUAAUGAGAAUUUGGGAGAAAUAUGCUUAACUGUCAUGAAAAUGUCGCAAUGCAAAACUUUAUUUUGGAGUGAAAUAUGAAUGACGUGUUCUUAACAGGCUGAAUGAGAUUCAUGCAUUACUCCUUAAUUGUUCUAUAUUUGCUGUAAUGAUAAACACUUCCAUGUUUAUGUUUCACAUUCCCGUGCCACAACUAAUUCCUGACUGAUUUCAGAAGGAAAUGUUCUUAAAGUAUGAUAAAUAUGAAGAGAAUUUUUGCACUAUUGCACUCAUCCACACAUGAUGCAUAUAAUGUUGAAUAGCACAAACUGUCCAUAAUCAUAGUUCCAUAAACAUGGCAUAUUAUCAGAGGAUGCUUUGUGUACCAGGUCUCAGGAUAAGUAUUUCUCAGUGUAUGAAGAUGUUGUUUUGUACAGUGUAGAUUUGUAAUGUAUUCCCUGUAAUUGCAAAUUGAAUUUAUAAUUUGCACAAUAAAACUUUGACAAUGUCUUUGGUAUUAAAAUCGGUGCAGUCUUUGCCUGGCGGCUUGACGGUCAAUUGCCUUUCGUUUUUAUACUACCGACUGUUUAAAUCUGUGUAGCAAAUAAAUCUUGAUAAAACUUUUGUAAGCUGUAACCAGCACAGAAACACACCAGCACAUCUGUUCAAUGUUUCGGUGUCAUUUAUCAUAUGCUGAACAUCGAUUGUCAAUUCCAUUGUAUUGUGUGACAAGAUUGUUAUAUUGUAAGCUGUUCAUAACUGCGGAGUUUGUGUGUUCAUUAAACAGUUUGACUUGA